AUUUCGUACGACGUCCGACCAGACGGUUGGUUAAGUUCGAUUCCCAUUUUAGUGGAGUUAAGUGAAACGUUUUUUUUAUUUGUGGGGUUCGUUUCAUUUGCAUCAUCAUUUUUGGAAGUAGAAAAGGGGUUUGUUCUCUUGACAAUAAACUUCAUUCAUUUAAAUCGAAAAUUUAUAAAAACGAACUACAAUGUGCGUGUUAACGGAAAACAUUUAAGAAAAAAUUCGAUUUCCCUUGGUUCGUCACCGUGAGUUAUAUGUACAUCGGUGCUUUUUGUGGGGGGGUUGCUAACGGAUUCAAAGUGGACAAUUUUUGAAUAAUUCAAAUCGAAGGAAAACGCAGCGACGACACAUAUUUCGCGUGGAUUUUUGUUUUCGGUUUUAUUUUCUUCAUUUACGUUUCGUUGACUUAUGGGUUUAUCGAGCGUACAGAAACAGCCCGUCGUGGGGUGUCAUUGCAAAAACGAGGAUUUAUUUGCACCGAUCAAGAGUAAAAUGAAGGUUCUGAAGAAGAUCAAAAAGCGGAUGGGAUUAGCUCCGCGCAGUACAACAUCAUGUCCGGGACCGAACAAUCUUCCGCCGUUGCAGUUCCACCAUGUGCACGGCGACAACAUUCGAAUUUGCCGGGAUGGAACCAUGGCCAAACGAUACGAAAGCUUUUGCAAAGGUAUCACGUUCAGUGCCCGACCGGUCAAAAUUAACGAACGAGUCUACGUGAAAUUCAGCGAAAUAUCGAACAAUUGGAGCGGUGUCAUCCGAUUCGGUUUCACUGCCAACGAUCCAGCUACACUGCGAAACAGUCUUCCGAAAUAUGCGUGUCCGGAUUUGACGAACAGGCCGGGCUACUGGGCAAAGGCCCUGAACGAACGGUUCUGCGAGCGUGACAAUAUUCUAUUUUAUUAUGUGACGAGCGCCGGGGAUGUGUAUUUCGGUAUCAAUGGCGAGGAGAAGGGAGUGUUCAUUAAUGGUGUGGAAACGCGAGGGCCGUUGUGGACGUUGAUCGACAUCUAUGGAAAUUGUUCGGCUAUUGAAUUUUUGGAUUCUCGAAUUUACAUGUACCAGCAACAGAAUCACAGCGCUAGACGUUCCGGUGAGCCAAUGGUCGACAGCAUAAUUCCCACAUUCCAAUCGGUCAGCGUUAGCGAAGAAGCUCCGGCAGCGAAUCGAAUCGGUAGCGGUGACAUCAAUCGUUGGAGCAGCAAUUCAAAUGGCCUGAAUAGUAUGAAUCCGAUUCCAUUCCAUCGUAUAAAGGGACGAAAUGUUGGAUUGUCGGCAGAUCGAUUAGUGGCGACCAGAUCGGAUUCGGAAUAUUGUCAGGGUUAUGUGUUCACGGCACGACCGCUUCGUAUCGGCGAGAAAAUCAUUGUCCAAAUUCUGCGAACCGAAUACAUGUACACCGGAAGUCUGGCCUUAGGUCUAACGUCUUGUGAUCCGGCAUCACUGCAGUCGACCGACCUACCGGAUGAUUCGGAAAUGCUAUUGGACCGACCUGAGUAUUGGGUGGUUAGCAAAGAUGUUGGCUCGAGUCCCGUUCGUGGCGAUGAAAUUACUUUCUGUGUUACGGUAGACGGAGAAGUUCAGAUCAGUAAGAAUGGCGGUCCCAUUACCACUGUCAUGCAUGUCGAUCAAAGUCUCCAAUUGUGGAUGUUUCUGGAUGUGUACGGUUCCACGCAAAGCGUCAGAUUAUUUAGUCAAUCGCUCCCGGCAGUCCUACCGACAUCACCACGUCGCCUUCAAGUGCCAAUGCCAAAUUCAGAGUCUGUGAACAGUUUGAACUCUCAAGUGUCACAACAGUCAGAAAAUCAACGUCAAGCUGCUCAACUGGCCGCUCAGCGUUUGAUAAGUCUACAAACAACCGGUGAUAUGCUUCUACAAACGGGCGGAACGGUUUUGGUUGUCAAUUUACCACCAGCUCAUUCAACUGAAGUCAUAUCUACAGCUGCACAGAGACGACAGCAACCACAGGUGUCCGUACCAGCCGUGUCUGUACCAGCGUGCACCAGCGCUACAUUAUUGACAAACUAUAGCAAUACAUACGAAGAGCCAAUCAGCUGCCAACAUCCAAGCUACAAUAAUCGUGCCGAUGUCAAUCAGCCGAACGGUAUGGUCACGUCUCCACAACGACUGCAAGUCCAACUGCCCAACUCAGAGUCCAUAAACAGUUUAACCCAGCAAACGGAAAAUCAACGCAAAGCCGUCCAAUUAGCCGCCCAACAACAAAUUGCAGCCGAAAAUUCCGUGCAGUGUGCCAUUUGCUACGAGAAUCCGAUCGAUUCGGUGCUGUACAUGUGCGGUCACAUGUGCAUGUGCUACAAUUGUGCAAUACAGCAAUGGCGUGGAAUCGGCGGCGGACACUGUCCACUGUGUAGAGCUGUAAUACGGGAUGUCAUUCGAACGUACAAGUCAUGAUGUGAUGAAGUUUGUUUCUAAAAAAAAUGUUUUUUGUUUGUUUGAUGGAUACGUUCGAAAGGGAGAGGCAGGAUUGUGUGAUUGGGAAAUGCGGCGGACGGAUUUUAUAUAUUUUUAAGAAGAUGUUAAUGUCAAAAUGAAUGAGAAAAUAAUUCGAGUUGCGGGAUAGAGAGCGCAAACGACAAAACUAUGUUAUUAUAUUAAUAAUGUGGACGGACGCACUGCGAGGUGCAGUACGAGAUUUUUUUUAAAUGCAUUUAAAUGUUGGUCAACUAGUCAAAACGAAAAACUGAAGGUAUCUCGGGUCGGUUUUAAAUUUAGUUUUUUGUUUGUCAUAUUCGAAUUUGAUAGUCAAUCGCUGCCCGAGAGCAGCAUAAUGUCAUGACUCUAUUUUGAUGUAAAUUUAAUAAAAGAUGAAAGAAUACGGAAAAUUUGAACCGAAAUUUUUUAAUGGAACACAAAAAUGGUCGACCGAAAAACAGACUUUGCUUGCUCGACAGAUGGAAUGCGAAAUUGUAAUGCCAUAUUUGAACAUCGUUUUCCAUAGACGAAAGGCCCUAGUUUCCUGAUAAUUCAGUCGAUAAACUUGCAGCACCCUAACACACUCAAAGAAUUCAUUUUUCGUUCAUCACUACGAUAGAAGAGCGAUGCGCCUAAACAUUAUCUGACCACUAGGUUAGAUGUUUUCCUUAGAAUUUUUUCUUUUGCAAAAUUCUAAAGUGAAAACAAUGAGGACCGAUUAAGCCUUGUACUCGCAGUGCCUUUUUUGAGAAAAUUUUAAAAAUUCCGAAAUUUUUCAAAAUAUUCACUGAAAUUUGCAAGAAUAUCCCUGAAAGUGUCAAAAUUUUCCAAGAAUUUUUCAGGAAUUUCCACGAUUUUUCCAAGACUUUCCACGACUCUUUCAACAAUUUUGGACGAUUUUUUUAAAGAAUUUACACGACUUUUCCAGGAUUUUUUCGAGAAUUUCCACCAAUUUUUCAAAAUUCAUUACCCCGCAACACUUCAAAAAUUUGCUUUCGGUGUCUUGCUAAAGCAUUGUAUAUGAUGCACACACUUAGUGAGCGUUCACUGGGAAUCGAGUUCAGUUGAGAAUGUUUUAAAACUAAGGUUUAACAGAAAUGUUCAUGGUUGCCUCGCAUCCAUCCGGAGAACGUCGAGCAUCGUUGGCCUACAUUUCGCCGGUCCGUGAAAAUAAUUGUAGCAAUAAAAGCAAGUAAAUAAACAAAAGCCAAAUAGAAUAGCGCAUCAAUUCCUCCAUUCCAUAACGACAUUUUCUUUGAACAAAGAGAAUUAACGAAGAAACUAAACAUAGAUUGAGAAACACAAAUUUUUUUAACGAAGAUAGUUCGAUAAAAAUAUAGCGAGAAAAAUAACAAAAAAUAAAAUUUGCCAAAUAUUACAAGUAUAAUAUCAAGCUGGUUGAUACCAACAGUAACAUAUACUAUGAGUAUAAUAAGAAAUUGUGUCGAAACAAAAACAAAACACAUUCUCUAGCGGUCAGUAAAGUAAGCCAGGCGAACUCUUAAAUUAUCAUUAACUAUAGACGAACAAAUAUUCAAUUAAUUGUAGUGUGAAAUAUAGUAAUUUCAGGGGUAAAUCAUAAGUGCGCGCGUAACUAAGUUUCCACUUAAACUCACUGAUGUCGUAAAAAUAGUGACGAUCAUGAAUGAUUAUAGAAAAAACAUUAAAUCACUAGCCUGUAAACUUUGCGGAGGUCAAACGGAUUGCCAUUUUGUUAGAUACACUGGAGGACACUUUUUCCACACUGUUUUGCACCCGUAAAAUAUCGCAUUUUCGUAUCACAGUUGCUCUUCCUGGUUUCUCUGAUGAUUCCUCUCAUUUGCCAUUUGACAUGGAAUACGAAACGAGAGAAAUCAAAGAAGCGGAGAGGAACUGCUUAGAUACAAAAGUGGGAUUCUUUACGUGUGACCUCCGCAAAUCUUACAGCCUUAUACAUAUACAUUUCCCUAAAAGUAUGAUGAUAGAACAAGUCUGGAAGUCUUUCCAAUGUUCAACUUUAGAAUCCGUUCGAGCAGACGAAAUUAUUUGACCUAUCGAAUCAUUUGAAGGUUAUCUUUCUGCUGGUUUCGAGCAGAAAAUUGACAUCCAUUCCCAUAUCAAGAUCGUCAAUUCCGAUGACAUUUUUUGUACAAUUCGAAAUUGAGUGUGAAUCCCUUAGCUUUCGCAUUCAUUUUCCGUUUUUCAUUUCGAUUCCGUUCUUCCUUCAAUAAGCGACAAAUUAAAAUCUUCCGACCUUUUUUGUUCAAUCACUUUACCAUUUAUUUGUCCCUGUAGGAACCUCUAGUCACAUCCUUGUAGAAAUUUCUUGAUAACAUCGACCCCAUCUCUGGGAUUUUCCAAUGAAAUAUUUCCUUUCCAAAUUCUAAGAAAAACUCCUCGAAUGCCUUAAUUUGAUUAAAAUAAUUUUUAUUUAUCUAUUUAAAGAGACGCCUCUCUUUUUAAGUUCUAAUUUAAAUAACUUUGUAAAUAGUCGGUAAUGAGUAAGAUAAUGUGCAGAGUUCGGUGUAGACGAAAAAGUAUAUUUGAUAUGUUUCUCGUAAAUUUAAUUAUUUAGCCGUAAAUGCAUUCGUAGUUGAUAAGGAAUGUUACCUCGACAACAUUUUUUUUCUAUGUAAAUACAAAAACCACAAAAAUUAUUCAUUAAAAUGAAACAGAAAAUGUUAAACGAAAA